CCUAGAGCUCCCUUCUGGUCUUUCCCACCACCACCACCACCCCGACCAGAGCCCACCGGAAGGACCAGCCGCCGGGCCGGAAGGUAACGAAGAGCCGAGAGGAGCAGACACGCGCCUUUUGCCGCUCGUUCGCUCGCCUCUCGCUGUGUCUGAGCAGGCGGCUUCCGGCGAGCGCCCUUCCGAGCAUCGGUGGCUGCUGUCAUCUGGCCGUGGCGCCGGCUGCCCCUUUCCCGCCCCGAGAGAGCCCUUCGGCCGGUCCGCCGAGAGAAUCGAGCCAUGUCGCGCAGGCGGCACCGGGACGAGAAUGACGAACAAGAGCACAAGAGAAGAAGAACAUCUGAAACAGUUGACGUUGCAGAGAUGUUGGAAGACUUAAUUAGCACAUUGGGAGACAAGAGUUCUUCUCCUUUGGAAAGUAACGUAGAUUAUGUGACUAAGGUGUUGGAGGCACAUCUGCCAAACUUCAAAAGCAAAAUACUGAGACUCCUUUGUACAGUUGCAUGUCUGCUACCACAAAAGAUGACCCUUUACACAACUCUUGUUGGCUUGCUGAAUGCCAGGAACUACAAUUUUGGUGGCGAAUUUGUAGAAGCGAUGAUACGUCAGCUGAAAGAAUGUUUGAAAGUCAACCUGUACAAUGAAGCUGUUUAUUUAGUGCGCUUUCUUUCUGAUCUUGUGAAUUGUCACGUAAUAGCUGCACCCUCAAUGGUAGCCAUGUUUGAGAAUUUCGCUAGUGUGACACAGGAGGAGGAUGUACCUCAGGUUCGAUGUGACUGGUACGUGUAUGCAUUUCUGUCAUCUUUACCUUGGGUGGGGAAGGAGCUCUAUGAGAAAAAGGAUACUGAAAUGGAGCACAUUUUGUCUACUGUUGAAAACUAUCUGAAACGACGUCAGAAGACUCAUGUGCCCAUGCUACAAGUUUGGUCCGUUGAUAAACCACAUCCCCAAGAAGAGUAUUUAGAUUGCCUUUGGGCUCAGAUUCAGAAAAUGAAGAAGGACCACUGGCAAGAGAGGCACAUCCCGAGGCCAUACCUGGCGUUUGACAGCGUGCUUUGUGAAGCGCUGCAGCACAACCUGCCUCCUUUUACAGCCCCACCCCACACAGCGGAUUCCGUUUACCCGAUGCCGAGAGUCACCUUCCGGAUGUUUGACUACACUGAUGAUCCUGAGGGUCCAAUUAUGCCUGGGAGCCACUCUGUUGAAAGAUUUGUGAUCGAAGAAAAUCUUCACUGCAUCAUCAGAUCGUUUUGGAAAGAGAGAAUGACAUGUGCUGUCCAGUUAACAAGCUAUCCAGGAAACCACAAGAUCCCUCUGAAUUAUCACAUUGUUGAGGUGAUCUUUGCUGAGUUGUUUCAGCUUCCUGUUCCUCCUCACAUGGAAAUCAUGUACACAACGCUUUUUAUUGAACUCUGUAAACUUCAGCCCGGAUCUUUACCUCAAGUUCUUGCACAAGCUACAGAAAUGCUGUACAUGCGCUUAGAUACAAUGAAUACUAUCUGCAUAGAUCGGUUCAUUAAUUGGUUUUCCCACCAUCUUAGUAAUUUUGAGUUCCGUUGGAGCUGGGAAGAUUGGUCAGAUUGUGUUUCUGAGGAUCUUGAGAGAGCCAGGCCUAGGUUUGUAAGGGAAGUACUGGAAAAAUGCAUGAGACUUUCCUACCACCAGCGAAUAAUAGAUAUUGUUCCUGCUAGUUUUUCAGUCUUGACUCCUGCAAAUCCAACCUGUAUUUAUAAAUAUGGAGAAGAAAGUAACGAAUCUCUUCCUGGAUACAACGUUGCACUCUGCUUAAACAUUGCCAUCAAAAAUAAAGUGAGUAAUGAUGAGAUUUUCACCAUUCUGAAGGAUGUGCCCAAUCCUAAUCAGGAUAAUGAUGAUGAAGGCCUCUCAUUCAAUCCUUUAAAAAUAGAAGUUUUUGUCCAAGCACUAUUGCACUUAGCCUCAAAGUCAUUCAGUCAUUCUUUCAGCGCUCUGGGAAAAUUUCGAGAAAUCCUCAAAACUCUGGCUGAAAGUGAUGAAGGGAAGCUUCAUGUUCUCAGAGUUAUGUAUGAAGUAUGGAAAAAUCAUCCUCAGAUGAUUGCUGUACUGGUGGAUAAGAUGAUUCGAACACAAAUUGUGGAUUGUGCUGCAGUGGCAAACUGGAUUUUUUCUCCAGAGCUGUCUCAUGAUUUUACAAGAUUUUAUAUUUGGGAGAUCUUACACUCCACCAUUCGUAAGAUGAACAAGCAUGUGAUGAUGAUCCAAAAGGAGCUAGAAGCAGCUAAGGAAAAAUUAGCCAAGCAACACAAAAGACGUGAUGAUGUUCGAAGCAAUGAGCGGGGAAAUUGGCCCCUUGAAGAACAGAUUGAACGUUUGCAAGAAAAAGUUGAAUCGGCUCAAAGUGAACAAAAAAACCUCUUCCUUGUAAUAUUUCAGCGUUUUAUUAUGAUCCUAACAGAGCAUUUAGCACGAAGUGAAGCAGGAGGGAUUGAUGUAAUUACACCUUGGUACAAGAACUGUAUAGAGAGGCUGCAGCAAAUCUUCCUACAGCAUCAUCAAAUCAUCCAACAGUACAUGGUGACCUUGGAGAACCUUCUAUUUACAGCAGAAUUGGAUCAUCACAUACUGGUUGUAUUUCAGCAGUUCUGUGCACUCCAGGCUUGAAUAACUUUUAUUUUUUGUAUAGGACUUAAUUUCAUUUUGUUAAACUUAAGACUUCAAUGGGAAAGAAAAGAAAAAUAAUAAUAAUCUGAAAGUGUGCUGUGCUAGAUAAGCUACACAGUGCUCAAAUUUUCAGCAGUAGGGGCCUUAUGCUAGUUAUGAUUCUGGGAUGUUUGGGAUGGAAUAAUGUGUGGAUUUCUAAAUUUGAAAUGGAUUGAAUGUUGACUCUGCCAUAGCAUCCCUUUUGUGCCCUCUGAUUGUUGGUAUAAAAGUUAAAAUUAGAAGACAAUAAAUAGAUGUGGCUCUUCGUUUACCUCUUGCAUACCAUGCAAUGGGUUCCAUAAUAAUGUGAAACAAGUCUCAAAACAUAUGAAUGUGUCUGAGGAUGGCCUUUCUGGUGGUAAUGCUCAAAGCUCAUAAGAAACAGAAGCCUCAAAUAUAUGAAUGUUUAAAUGGCCAAGCCUGCGAACAACUUUUGGGUAUGUUUGCUAUCAGAAUGAAUUAUCAUGGUUAUGUGAAACAUAAUUGGAAAUUAUAACACGUUUUUUUAUAUUGGUCUACUGUGCUUAUUUUGGGUCACACAGAAUAGAAACAAACAUAAUUACUGAAGCAACAAUCCUUGCUGCUCAUUUGUAAUGCAGAUAUAAGUUGCAUUAAGAGACUUAAUAAAAGCUAUCAACUAGCCUGAUCUGCCUUCCAUAGCUCAAGAUUGUCUGAUUACUCUGGAGAAAGCAUAUUUUUGUUUCAUCGGCCUAGACCAGAGGUCUUCAAACUUGGCAGCUUUAAGACUUGUCGACUUCAACUCCCAGAAUUCUCCAUCCAGCUAUGCUUAAAGCUGCCAAGUUUGAAGACUUCUGGCCUAGACUAAGAAGACAACCAGGGCUAUUGUGCUCCUUUUUAUUUAUUUGUGUUUACUCAUAAAUUUGAUAAGCCCAGUCAUUAGAUCAAGGCUGGUUUUGCCAAUAUGGUUAUCAACGUCUUGCGAGUAAGACAUUUGAGAGUUACUUAAGAGCCUAUUCUUAAUAGUAGAAAAUAUAUAUAGCUCAGCGUUGAAUUGCUGGACUCUUAGUAGUCCCAUUUAUCGUUACUAGGCAAAACAGCCCAAUGAACAGCUAAUAUCAUCCAGCCAGUUAAUGAAAAGCAAGUUCACAGACUGCUAAAGUCUACUCAUUUACCAACAUAUGCAAGGCCCAGAUGUUUUCCCUCAAAAUAUUAUGUGUUCCUUUAAGAAGAACUAGGUAGGGCAGGGGUCUGCAGUGUCAAACACUCAAAGAGCCAUUUGGACCCGUUUCCCACAGAAAAGAAAACACCGGGAGCCACAAAACCCUUCCCGUGCCAGACUAUUUCUUGAGCGGCCACAAAACUAGCAUAUGUAGUUGAAUUAAAUGUUCUGUUUUCUUCUGAAACUUUUCUUUUCUUGGAUUUAUCCAUGGUUGGCCUAUCAGGGGUUGAAAAGCUCAAUAAAUCGCAUGCCAGCGGGUGUCACACAUUGGCGGUUGUGACGCAUAUUUUGAGUGACAGGGAGCCACAGCAGAGCGGUGAAAGAGCCACAUGCUGCUCCAGAGCCGCAGGUUGCUGACCCCUGAGGUAGGGAGAUUACAUACUGCUCUAGCCUACAGGGCCUCAAACUAACUUGGUCAGCUGUACAUUCCUACUAACUCUUCAACCCUCCCAGUAGCAUUCUCCAUGGCAAUCCAUAGCUCAAUCUGAAGUUUGGGGGCUUACAGGUCUGUGACUGUGUUGAAAUAACACUAAAUCAAAACCACACAAACCACACUUUGGUAUAUUAUGUUCUCUGAUGCAGCUACUAUCUCCACAGUGAUAAAGAUGCAAGAACCAAGUGCAAGGGUGUGUUUUCUCUUCUCUAUAUUCUAUAAUGUAUGUGUGUAUGACCUUCAAAAUUGGAAACUGUUUUUUCUAACCCACAAAUUACUGUAGAUAUAUAUAUGAAAAAUGUUAAGAAUGCAUGCAGUGAUACAGAUAAGCAUUUAACUGUGUAAGUAUUAGACAGUUAAAUAUUUUUAUUAUUCAAUAAAUGUAACAUUUUUUUAAUAAAAAGAUGAUUAUUAUGCCUCUUUUCU